AUGUCAUUCGUCCGUCGUUCAGUUUUAAGGCCAUUGCUCGCUGCUCAGUCCACCUGUAGGGCCCCUGUGGCCCGGCGAACAGCUCAGCUGGUGAGUCGCCGGUUCUAUGCCAGCGGCCAUGGAAAUGAGCAUGGUGAGCAUCGAUCGAGUGACCUGCCAUGGCUCAUUGGAUCGGUUGGAUUCACCGUCCCAAUGAUCUGGUACCUGAUGCCCUCAACAUCGGAGAAGAAGGGCCACGGUGACGGUCAUGGGGAUGCCCACGGUGCGGAGCACGCCGAUGAGAACGCGGAAGAGCAAAAGUCGGAUAAUGCCGAAGACGCCGAUCAGCAGGAGACAACAUCCGAGAAGAGCAAGCCCGCUGAGAAGACGGAGGAGCCCAAGGAGAAGGAGGAAUCGAAGGACAAGGCAGAAUCCAAGGACAAGGCAGAAUCCAAGGACAAGGCAGAGUCCAAGGACAAGGCAGAGUCCAAGGACAAGGACGAGUCCAAGAGCAAGCAGGAUGACAGCGAAAAUGACAAGGAGGACAAUGAUCAGGACCAGAAGGAGGAAAAGUCCGACAAGUCCGAGGGUGACGAGUCUGGCAAGAAAGAUGCUGACAAGGAGUCAUCCAACGACAAGCAAGCUAAGCCCGAGAAGAAGGAACAGACUGAUCAGAAGAGUGACGAUGCUGGUAACGACAAGUCCGAUUCCAACUGA